GGGAAGGGAAGGCUUUAAGGCUCUGCCCCUGUGGUGGCCUCUCUAGUUUCUCCUUUGAUCUUGCAGUCCCAGCUGCUCUGCAUAACAACAACUAAAAAGGCAUUGCGUCACUUGCGGGCAAGUUUUGUUGAACUGUAGCCUCCAGAGGCAAACCAAGCAUCCUCCUCGAUUUAGUCCAUGCGAUAGAGAGAGGAGGGAGAGAGGAGAGAGAGAGAGAGAGAGAGAGUGUGAGAGAGAGAGAGAGUUGAGCUAAGCUAAGCUCCCCAGCCAUGGAACAUCAGCUGCUAUGUUGCGAGGUGGAGACCAUCCGGAGAGCCUACAAAGAUCCCAAUUUGCUCAAUGACCGAGUCUUGCAGACUAUGCUCCGCACGGAGGAGAACUGCCUGCCCUCCCUCAGUUACUUCAAAUGCGUCCAAAAAGAAAUCCUGCCAUCCAUGAGGAAAAUUGUCGCAACUUGGAUGCUGGAGGUUUGCGAGGAGCAGAAAUGCGAAGAAGAGGUCUUCCCAUUAGCCAUGAACUAUUUGGACCGCUAUUUGUCCAUCGAACUGACCAAGAAAACCCACUUGCAAUUACUGGGAGCGACGUGUAUGUUUUUGGCAUCGAAAAUGAAGGAAACUAUUCCAUUAACAGCGGAAAAACUCUGCAUAUACACAGACAACUCCAUCAAACCCGAGGAAUUACUGCAAAUGGAGCUGCUUGUCCUGAACAAACUGAAGUGGGAUCUGGCCUCUGUGACUCCUCACGAUUUCAUUGAACAUUUCCUCAGCAAACUGCCCGUCCCCAAGGACAGCAAACAGAUCAUCCGCAAACACGCCCAGACUUUUGUGGCUCUUUGUGCUACAGAUGUAAAAUUUAUCUCCAAUCCCCCAUCCAUGAUCGCGGCUGGCAGUAUGGCUGCAGCUGUCCAUGGCCUCCAUCUAGGCAACAGCAACAGUUUUCUCUCCUACCAGCCCCUCACAGACUUCCUAUCACAAAUCAUCAAGUGUGACCCGGAUUGUUUACGGGCUUGCCAAGAACAAAUCGAAUCACUGCUUGAGACCAGCCUACGCCAGGUUCAACACAACAGUAUACCCUCGGAAACAAAGACUGUUGAGGAUGAACUGGAUCUGUCCUGUACACCAACGGAUGUGCGAGAUGUGAACCUAUGAUUUCUAACAGUGGUCAUGGCAACUUGCAAGGAAAUGCUCGCUAAAAACAUCAUGACCUCCCCAUUAACAUCGCCAGGACAUUGUAAAAGAAGGGGAAGUUCUUCUCUUUGCUUUUCAGUGCUCUGUUGCCCUUUACCAUUCAUUUUUAAUAUGAAAUGGUCUGAAACUGAGGUUAAAUAAAAACAAAAAAAGAAGGCAUUUGGAUAACAUAACACGGCGUGUGUUAUGCCACAAAAAAUUGUGCAGAUUAUAUGUAUCAUUAAUGAAAUAGUGUGUUUUAUAUACAAAAAAAAUCAAGUGUUUAUGCUUCUAAGUUUAUAAUAAUAGGUGACAACAACAAAAUGUCAUUAGGGGAGGUAUUAGAAUUGAUUUUUGAGUGUGAAUGAACCAUUUUUAAUGUAGAAGAGGGUUUUAGGUAGUAACAAUUUUAAUCUUUUUUUUCUACAAAAAGAGAGAAAAAAAGAAAAAAAAAGUGCGUAGCUUUUACUGCAAUCUAGGCUUUUCUAUACCUGCUUGCAUACGUGUCUAGUCACUUUAUAAUCAGUUUGUCCAGAUGUUUAUAUGAUUCCUUAGUGCUGAUCCUCUUCACCUUAUAAAUGGUUGAUGUAACCCAUUAGUGUAUUUUAGUACUCAGCAUUAUUAUAUGUUAAUCUUUGGAGACUGUGGAUUACCUGUGCUGAAGGCUUGUGGGUGCCAGCUUAAUAUAACUUGUAACUGCCCUUUUUACUACUCGUGGCUAAGUACCUAAUUAUACACACAGUUACUAAUGGUAUAAUACGUUUUUAAGCCUUCAUUUUAUUAAAUUUUUUAUUUUUGACAGAGGAGACUAUGUAAAUACACAAUGCUGGCUGGAGUCAACCCAAUGCGGGCUUGCCAAUGUCGGGUUUAAUCCUUAGCCUUACCUUUCUUUUCUGAAACCAUUCCAUUUCGAAGCACUUUCAGUCAGUAGAUUUAAAAAUCCUUGUUUGUUUGUUUUUCUUUGGAGGAAUUUUUUUAAAAAAAAAAACGAAUUUAAAUGGAAUGGUUUAGAAAAUACUAUUGCUUGCCUGCACACGGAUGUAGCAAAGCAAGUGAGUUGACUAUGGUGUUUGAGAGGGAAAUGGAACCUGGAUCAUGACAUUCCAGUAAGUGGUAAUUAUAUUCCAAAACUGCUGGCAUCACUGACCUGUUUAGCGAAAGAACAGUGUUUAGAAAUCUUUUUCAUGUGCCAACUAAUUUAUAAAUGGGGCCUACAUAGAUUUAUUUUUCAGGUGUUUAGCGAAACGUAGAAUGUAACUAGAACCUAUUUGCUACAGAACCUAUUUGCUUAAUUAUCCACAACUAAAAGAAAAUUCUUCAUCAUGUAAUUUAUUUAUAAGGUAAUGUAGAACUAUUUAUUGUAAGACUGAAGUAGAAAAAAAAAAGAAUCUUCUGGUAGAGACACAUCACAGAGUUCAAGGUUAAAGUGUCUGUGUUGCAGAUAUAGGAGUUUUAGUCCUUAUGGGAAAUGUCUGUGUUUUUCAUGCAGUAAAUACAUUUUUAAAGUACUCCUGUGACGUAUGGUGUCUUUAGAAGAGUAAAUGAAGAUCCUCAGGUUAGGGGUAACUGAGAGGUUGAGGUCUGAGCUUUCACUGCUGGUGGCUUUAGUUUUCUAGUUGGUUUUGGUAUAUAUAAAAAAAAGUUUCUUUACCUGACUGGGAGCCAGGAGCAAUCCUGCCCAGGUGGUGUGUUGUGGUGAUGACAAUACAUGAGGUGUAACCUGUCAAUGACUAGUCUUAAGCCGUCAACCAGUUGGGAGAGAUUAAUUGAGUUUAAUGUUUGAAACAAGACUUGCUUUUAUGGCCUCACAGGUGUUGAGGAUGUAACGCUAUAGUUCUCAGAUGACAGGAUGUGAUAUGACAUCUGCCUCGCGUCGACAAGUGAAAUAGUCUUUGGGCCAAAAUCUUAUAUCCCUGCCUCCGAUCAAAGUGGCAUUUGUGGCAGAUUUUUAAAAAAAUUUACAUUACGUACGUUUCUGUGUUUUUACUCUGUGUUGCAACUCAGUGAUCUUUGAGAGUUAACGUGGUUCGAAACAAUUUUGCAUUGUCCCCGACUCCAGCCACGCUCAAUUGCUCAUUUUGGACCCUGAUGCUAACACCAGGUAAUAAUAGUGCUUAGAGUAAAAGUAGGGCUCCUUUCAGAUGGGUGGAAUGAGGCGGAAAACCUGGAAAAGCUGCUGCUAUAUCAUGCCCCCUAUAGAGAGAGCGAGAAAGGCCUGUAGGAUUGGAAUCCUUUUACUUAUCCUUACUUCAGGCUCCAUUUAUACAUUUAAAAUGUUCCCUUCGUGUCCAGAAACACAAAACACCAUAGUUACAAUUCUAGUAGAAAUGGUCUACUUGAAAACAGUUAUGUUCGUUCCUACGUUUUCCCCCAGCUUUUAGGUAUUGGUAGAAAAUUUGCACAUCUUGGUAUGUACUGAUGCUAGAAAGUAGUCGUGGGGGGGUGGGGGGAGGAGGAGGAGAAACUAAACUCAGUUGAAGUUGCGGUGUGAG